AUGUUGGUUCACACUUACUCGGCCAUGGACCGUCCGGACGGGCUGAACGGCGCCGCGGGGGGAGGCCGCCUGUCGCAGCUGUCCACCCUCAACCAGGCGGCGGCGGCGGCGGCGGCGGCGGCGGCGGCGGCGGCCUACUCGGCGGCUCCCCCGCUCUGCCACACCCCGGCCUCCGACUUCCAGCCGCCCUACUUCCCGCCGCCCUACCCGCAGCCGCCGCUGCCCUACGGCCAGGCCCAGGAGCCGGGCUUCCCGCACCUGGCCGACCCCUUCGGGGGGCUGGCGCCGCUGCCCCCGCCGCCCCCGCCGCCGCCGCCGCCGCCCCCCCCCGGCCCCGCAGCCCGGCUGGGCCUCGCACGCGGCCGGCCGGACGAGCCGGGGCUCCUGGCGCCGACGCACCGCGCCCUGGGGCUGGACCCCCGCAGGGAUUACCCCGGGGUCCCCCGCCUGCUGCACGGACUCGCCGACGGCCCGCACGGACUCCCCGACGGCGCGCUCGGCCUCCACGGGCUGGCCGCCCACCACGGCCUCGACGACCUCCAGGCGGUGGACGAGGCGGGCCUGAGCCUGCUGGAUCAGUCGGUCAUCAAGAAAGUGCCCCUCCCUUCCAAGGCCAAUGGUGGUGCCAUCUCGGCCCUGGCCAUGAACAAAGACAGCUUGAUCGGAGGUGUCACCAACCCCAACGAAGUCUUCUGCUCCGUGCCCGGCCGCCUCUCUUUACUGAGCUCCACCUCCAAGUACAAGGUCACGGUGGGCGAGGUCCAGCGGAGGCUCUCGCCGCCUGAAUGCCUCAACGCCUCGCUUCUGGGGGGUGUCCUCCGAAGGGCGAAGUCCAAGAACGGCGGGCGCUGCCUACGGGAGCGGCUGGAGAAGAUCGGGCUGAACCUGCCGGCGGGCCGCCGCAAGGCUGCCAACGUGACGCUGCUAACCUCGCUGGUGGAGGGGGAAGCCGUGCACCUGGCCCGGGAUUUCGGCUACGUCUGCGAGACGGAGUUUCCCGCCAAGGCCGCGGCCGAGUACCUGUGUCGCCAGCACUCGGAACCGGGGGAGCUGCACAGCCGCAAGAACAUGCUCCUGGCCACCAAGCAAAUCUGCAAGGAGUUUGCUGACCUGAUGGCCCAGGACCGCUCCCCACUGGGUAACAGCCGCCCAUCGCUCAUCCUGGAGCCCGGCGUCCAGAGCUGCCUGACUCACUUCAGCCUCAUCACCCACGGCUUCGGCGGCCCCGCCAUCUGUGCCGCCCUCACGGCCUUCCAGAACUACCUGGUUGAGUCGCUCAAGGGCCUCGACAAAAUGUUCCUCAACAGCACGGGCAAUGGCCACGUGGCUGGGGACUCCAAAGCCUCAGACAAGGACGUGAAGCACCGGAAAUAG